UCCGCCACUGAGCGCAAGGAGUUCGUCACGUCCGAGCGACUCUGCUGGAACUGCCUCGGGCGUCACGCGGUUGCCAAGUGUCAGUCCUCGCGCAACUGCUUCUCCUGCGGAGCGCGACACCACACACUCUUACACGACGCAAGCGUGUCCAGCAAGCCCGUUGAAGCGAGUUCCCUGACUUCCGCGCGUGGGGGCGAAUCUGGCGGGUCGGUCCUCCUGGCGACGGCACGUGUGCUCGCGGCCGACCGCAACGGUCUUCCGCACGCGGUGCGAGUAUUAAUCGAUCAGGGAUCGGAAGUGUCGAUCGUCUCUGAGGCACUCGCGCAAAGACUCCGCCUCCCGCGCUCGCGUACCUCGUUGUCGAUCCUCGGGAUCGGAGAAUCCAAGUCCGGGACGGCGCGAGGCAAGGUGUCUCUUCGGCUCACCGCCCAGACUACCGGAGUCAAUUUGGUCGUCGAAGCGUACGUCCUGCCGCGACUCACCCUGUAUCAGGGACCCGCCGUCAGCCACGAGGUUGACUGGCCUCACAUCCGCGAGCUCCCGCUAGCCGAUCCGCAGUUCGCCUCCAGAGAUCCGGUCGAGAUUCUACUCGGUGCCGAGGUGUGUGCGACCAUCUUCGAGAGUGGGCUCCGCAAGGGAGACCCUCACUCGCCACUCGCCCAGAAGACCAAGCUAGGCUGGAUCCUGUCCGGAGGCAGCGACCAGCCAACCGCCGUCAAGCACCGCCUGGUGAACCAGUGCUCCGUCGACCGUGAGCUGAGCGAUCUGGUGCAGCGUUUUUGGCUCCAGGAGCAGGAGCCAGUCAGCAAGGUGCCACUCACGACGGAGGAACAGAUGAGCGAAGCGUUCUUCGCUGAGUCUCACUCGCGCACAACGUCGGGCAGAUACAUGGUCCGGCUGCCUUUCACGACGAAACCGCGCUCACUUGCCGGCACGAGGUUACCCGCCGAACGGCUGUUAACGGCCAUGGAACGCAAAGGCCGGAACGACUCCCGCUUUGGAUCUCUCUACAGAGAGUUCAUGCGGGAAUUCGCCGAACUGCAGCAUAUGGAGGCGGUGAGAGCUCCAUCCACGCAAUCCCCGGGGAGAUGCUAUCUUCCUCACCACGGGGUACUCAAGGAGGCCAGCGCGACGACGAAACUGAGGGUCGUCUUCAACGGCUCUCAGCGGACCGCAUCCGGGGAGUCCCUCAACGGCAGCCUGCACAUCGGAGCAAACCUCCUGCCCGCACU